AUGGCGUAUUUAGCACUAAGUACUGCGAUGUGGUCGUCCGCAAAAGACUACCGCGAUGAUUGCCGCAGCCAGAAUGAGACGAACGGCCACGUCUCACAAUCUUGCGUCGAAGUCCUCCGAGCGGCCUUGUCACCCCCGAUGGGGCUUGGAAUGUUUAUCUCGAAACCUGAGGCGGACGACAGGUCGAUAAAUAAGCGAGACGGCAUGGACGCGGCGGAUCAUACCGAUGUCCUCACACUUCGAAACUUCCUGGUGCUCCGAACCGCUCUGGCCGUCUGUUUCACGUGCCAAUUUAUCAUGGUCGCGUGCCUAUCUACCCUCGUCUACCGUGGCAUUCAACAUGGAUAUUUCUGGUAUCUUGACACUAGGCAACACUCGGCCUCCGUAUUACCGUCACGGGAAGAAACAUCUGUUACCCUACGCAGCGGCGUCAUUAGCAUGGUACCUUCUGUAGUAGAAAAUCCCGUGCUCAAGAAACGACGACGUUUGGAGAGGUGGCGCGAAUCUCAAGCCUGGCAGCGAAUGCUGGAGGAGUACUACCGCUUGCAACAGCAGACCAUGGUUGAAAAUCUGGCUAUGGAGAAAGCACUCGCAUUUUGGAACCCUUUCGCCCCGAUGUUGGCUCGCGAUACGACCAGCUAG